AUGGCUAGUACACUUCUUCCCUUUCUACUGAUAUUCCCUCUAGUAUUUGUCACUUCAACAGUGGCAGAUGUUCGAGCUGGAAAUGGAACGAAACAGGUUCCAGUUGUUAUGUGGCAUGGAAUGGGUUUGCUAAUAUUUGAUUUUUUGAAUCAAUUUAUUUUUCAAGGUGACUGCUGUUGUAAUCCAUUAUCCAUGGGAUCGGUGAAAAAACUGAUUGAGCAAGAAGUUCCAGGAGUGUAUGUUCACAGUCUAGAAUUGGGUGGAAGUAUCACAAAAGAUAUCGAGCACGGAUUUUUUGCAAAUGUCAAUGAGCUCGUUUACAUGGCAUGCAUCAAGAUUAAAAACGAUCCAGAGCUGGCAAACGGCUACAAUGCUAUCGGAUUCUCACAAGGUGCACAAUUUCUACGAGCCGUUGCUCAAAGAUGUCCACAUCCUCCAAUGAAGAACUUUGUAUCAAUCGGGGGUCAACAACAAGGAGUUUUCGGAGCCCCGUAUUGCAUCGGGGAUAACGUAAUGUGCAACAGUGUGAGACGUCUGAUUGAUAUGGGAGCAUAUCUUCCAUUUGUUCAGAAAAGGGUUGUCCAAGCGCAGUAUUGGCACGAUCCAAACCAGCCAGAUGAGUACAAAAAGAGAUCAAUCUUUCUUGCCGACAUUAACAACGAAAAUAAAAACAAUCCGACCUACAAACGAAAUCUUCUGAAUUUGAAAAAUAUAUUACUCGUGAAGUUCAAUCAAGAUCACAUGGUUGUACCAAAAGAAUCAUCGUGGUUUGGUUUCUACAAGGAUGGAGACAUUGAUACAAUUCUCCCAAUGAAUGAGACAGAUUUGUAUCUUGAAGAUAGAAUCGGUCUCAGAAAACUUCACGAGAGCGGACGACUUCAAUUUCUGGCUGUCGACGGAGACCAUCUUCAGAUUCCAAGAGAUGUCCUUGUCAACGAAAUUAUUAAAAAAUAUUUUAUGUGA